UAUAUAUCCUGCUCUGUUAUUUUCAAACAAAUUUCCAUUUGAGAGGAGAUGGCCAGAAGCUUUAACGAAGAAGAAGAAGAAUUAUCUUUCUGCGACCUUCCUGUAAAAGAGGAGCAAAAUCCCAUCAUUACAGCCGUCCAAAUAGCUGAUCAAGAUGAUGAUGAUGAAGGGUUCGAUUUCAAGCACCGGCCGGCGGUGGCGCCGGCGAUGUGCGCGGCGGAGGAGGUGUUCUUCCAAGGCCAUAUGCUCCCAUUUGGACGACUCUCCUUCAGUAGCUCUGAAAAUGGUUUGAAUAAUAAUAAUAAUAAUUUAGGGAGAAAUUUGUGGUUCAGAUCGGAGUCUAUGGAUCAUAAUGUGUUGAGGUUCAGCAGCAGCAGCCGGAGUAGCAGCACUUCUACGAGCCAUUAUUCCAGAUGUUCCAGCAUUAGCAACAACUCAAUUUCCAUUCCAACGACGAGCAGCUCAAAAGCAAGAGCUGAGAAGAACAACGUUUUCCACUCCCACCCAAGUCCCACGCCCCAAAUCAGAUCCUUCUCAACUUCCAGUCACCGGAGCCGGUGUCGAAGCUCCUCCCGCUCCCGGUGGCACUUUUUCCGGCUCGGUCUUCUCGGAACGCCAGGAGUAAUGGAACUUCACGAUCUCAAAACUCGCACCACCAACACCAUGGCCACGGCGGUGCCGAAACCAACCGGUACCGGGUCGUUUCUGGGUGUGGUGAGCUGCAAAAGAUCCGUCGAGGCAAUCCCGGCGGCGCCUGUAAGGAGCAGCAGUCGCAAUUUUCAAAAGGAAAAGGAAAAGGAAAAAAAGGCAAAGGAAGGAGAGGAGAGGAGGGUGUCACAUCGUAGAACAUUUGAAUGGCUAAAGCAGCUCUCGCAUGCAACCUUGACUGCUGACGAGCCUUAGGGACUCCUUUUUCUUUUACUCAUCAACUAUGUGCUCUCUCUCGCAUGCCUUGUAGUGAUGUUUAAUCAUUUGACUGUUUCUUCUUUUCCAACUUUUUCUUUGUUUAGUACAUUUGACUUAGGAGACUUUGUUAUAUAUAUAUAUAUAUACACAAAUUAAAAUCGAAAGGGUAUGUGUUUGAUUUC